AAUGUAUUAAUGAUAUCUUUGUAUUUUCCAGACUUACUCCUGUUUACCGUAUGGAAGUGUUGCAUUUCAUCUGACUGUCACUCUGUCCAAUAUCGCCAAUCCUCUCUGCUGUUUCCUUGCCAUGUUUCUACCAGUUACAAAAGUGUGGUCAGUUACUGGAGUAGCAAUCUAUGCAAGUGCUUGGGCAGGAUAUAUUUUAACAACAGCCCUCACGAGCCCAGAGCCACCUUUUGUCCACGUUGCCUUCGGAGCUUAUCUAGUGGUAACUGCUUGGAUAAUGGUCUCAGGAUCUGUCGCUUAUACAAAAGCAUGUAUAGCUUCCAUUCUUCGACGUGCAGGAGGACAAGUUGCUCUGUACCGAUGCGGUGUAAUGACACAAAUAGGAUCUGCAGUGGGCGCUCUUGUGACAUUUAGUUUGGUGCAAUACACAACACUCUUCAAAUCAUAUGACCCAUGUAGUUGAUGUAAUAAGUUCAGGGUAGACAGAACACCCAAAACGGACUUCAUUAAGAAGCAUAUAAACUAAAGGAUUUGAAGGAUCAUUAGUCAGAAACCACCAAACCAGUAAAGAUCGCAACAGGAACUGAUAUUCUGAGUAUUUUUGAUUUAUAAAUUGAGGUUGAAGUACAUAUUGAGCUUUGUGAUAUUAUUUUGACAUUCGUUGUCUUUUACGUUGAGGAUGUUGGUAAAAAUGUUGAAAACUUGCACAGCUUGUAUAGUAUUACUUUUCGCGCUUGAGAAAUAUAAAAAAUAAAGCGGUUAUGAAAAUAUCUUU